AUGGCUUUCCUUCCGCAAAUCGCCAUUCGGGCGUGCUCAGCAGCACCGUCCACCGGGAAGGUUCUGGCCGUGAUCGCAAACCGCAUAACUACCCCAGUACUGCGAUCUAGCACGUUACGCACCCACACCCAACAGCAACAACAACAACAACGAUCCCUCCACAUACUACAAAGACUCCGCCAGUCCCCAUCCCACCCCAGCCCGCUCCCCCCAACCUCAACUUCAUCCCCCGCUCUCCUAUCCCAACGCCGCACCUACCGCCCCCACACAACCGCCGAGGACAGCCAAGGCCGCUCCAUCCGCACGAUUCCCGACCGCCCCACCCAGGCCUACGCCCGGCUGCGCGACGUGAUUCAGGAGUCCCGCCUGCGGGAAACUGUGCGCGCGCAGGAACGGUUCGAGCGCAACCCGGAUCGGAAGAGGAGGAAGAGGAAGGAGAAGGAGUGGAGGCUGUAUUUGGCGCAUGUGAGGAAGAAGGUGCAGAUUGCUUUUCAUUUGAAGACCAGGUCGGCGUUGGAGAAACAGAACUACAAAGAUAUAUAG